AUGGCCGUCCCACGCUCCCGAGUACUGGACCUUCUCAGAACACAGUGCCGGAUAUUCAACACUACUUUCAACCCAACGAAUGCGAAACUCGGAAACAAAGUCCUGCGCCAACGAUUACGAGGCCCUUCGAUCGCCGCAUACUACCCUCGCCGAGUCGCGACAUUCGUGGACUUGAAGAGAUUAUAUCCAGGAAGGGAGCUGUACGAUGACUUCGAGGAGGACCGGUUAGAGCACAUUCAGAUCGCGAAGAGCAGAGGAAAGGGUGCGCCGAAGAAGAAGAAGACGGCUGAACAAUCGACCAAGAACAAAAAGAAGAAGAGGUAG